AAAGAACCCUCCCUAAUUCCAGGGGACCUCAAGCUAGUUGGGGUCUCUAUAACAGUGGCGCCAUCCCUGUAUCCCACCCCACCGCGACGGAAUGCACCACUUGGACGAUCAGUUUUUCCUUUGGUGCAUCACCAAACAGCGGAAUAAAAUCGUCACCCAAGAGGACAAAAGUGCAUGAAAGGCUUUACGCUGUGUGCUCACACACACACACACUUACCCAGCUGAAAAGUUUACUUAAGAGCUCGUGCCCUCAACAAAGCCUUCACUUUACUUAGCUGGUUUCCCACGAUCGGACGUGUCUGCUGAUAGUUUUGCGUACAUACUUGGUGUUUUUGGUUUGUUGAGAAAAAAGGCAACAUUUUUCCACAAUGAGUGUAACUAAAAAUCAUACCAUAAAUUUAAACGUCACUACGUUUACGCUCCGUGACUAUUUGAGUAAGUGUGCGGAACGAGCGAUCAAUCGAUAUUGGGGGCGAUCAUUCACACGUGUGUUUCACAGCAAUCUGCAUUAAAGCCAUCAUCUCCCGCAGAGGAUUAUAUCCUACCGGUGUAUUCCUCCGACAGUCCAAUAAUGGUGUGAUGGAAGAAAUAUCACAGGAUUUGAAAACUACAAACAAUAUCAACACAGUGGUAUCGAACGUGGAAGAGGUGAUCAAGCAAAAAAGAAGGACCACCGUCAUAGUAAAUAUAUUCACUCAGGACAUGAAAGCAAUCGACACUUGGCUCAUACAUAUCAACAUGAUGUACCACAAUGACGCAGCACCAGCAAACUAUGCUCCAAAAUUGGCGGACUAUCUGAAUCAGAUUGUUCAAGGGGCCACUUCCUUUCCCGCGUUGAAGAUGCCUUGCUGCCUACAGUUGUCUACAUGGGUUGGAAAUCCAAUCAGAUAUCCAUAACAUAUCUUCAAAAAAGUUGGGGCGAAGUUAUGCAGGAGGUCUUUAGUUGGGCAACAGUAUCUGUUACCUAGUGUUUAAGGGUUUCCUCUCAAAUAUUUAUUUUUCCAUUAAAAUGUUAUUUUUUUUUAUCAAAAACAAGAAUAAGACAAGUAUCGCUCAAUAAGUUUGGCUAAUAAAAUCUACUUUCUUUUGCGCUGUUUAGGCUAUAGUGCGAGUAGGAGUAUGCUGUAGACUUAUUGUUGCUCUGUUGGCGUCUAAAGGUAGACUAUGCACUAGUGGUGAGUCAUACGAUUUAUUUCAUGGCACGACCCGGAGUCGGGUGCAGCAGAAUCGGAAUCGACUCCGACCCGUGGGUGCAGCGGGUUCGUGUCAACCCAGAAAUAUAAAGUAGGAACUUCCGACCCGAAACGGUUCGGGCUCCAACCCGGUAGGUUCUGUAGCGCUUGUUGCGCUUUGCCGGACUCUGGGGACAUACCAUGUUUACGUCGAUCAUACGCAGACUGGACGCGGAAAGUUGUCCCAUAUUAAUUGUAGGAGAGAACUCCACCAGAGAAUAACGUUUUUGGCAAAGGGUCCUGUUUUCAACAUGUUCAUAUGGCAUUUCUCCUCAUAUUUCGUUCACCUGUCUCUAUCUAUUAAUUCUAAUUUGCCUUUAACGUGGUUCGGCAGGUUUCCUACUAGGGGGCGCUACAGUCGCCACAGUAUAAAAAAGGAGAAAGAGAGAUACCACGAGGUCCCAGUCCUGUAAAAUGUUGAAAUUAGCCAUGGCAAGUGAGGAAGUGGCGGGA